CUUAGUCUUCACUCUUCACCAGGCUCCGAGUAACCAACUGCUAUUUCCAGUCCUUUCAUUCCGUCUGAUCGCGAGACGGCGACGAUGAUAAUAAUCCGUAAAAUCACCAUCACCACUUGAGGAAAAUGGAAAAACCGCCGCCCUUAAAGCCUCUCUCUCCCCAAGAAUGGGAAACCCUAAUCGACGACUUCCAGCACGGCGGCGCCCGCCGCAACCGGUGGACCUCCUCCCACUACGGUGGCCUCUCUCUCCUCUCCCUCUCUCUUUCCACCCUCCUCCGCAAGGACUUCCCCCUCAACCCCAAGCUCCACCUCCUCGUCUUCCUCGAACACUACUUUUCCGACUACGCCAUCCUCGACUCGGACCUCGCUGCGGCCGAGCACCUCCUCACUCGCCUCGUCGACACCCUCCGAACCCUAACCCUAACCCCCGCCGACGCCUCCUUCCCGUCGCCUCUCAAGGAGCAAAUGAUGGUACUCACUUCUUCUGUUUUCAUUACCCUGAGAAUAGACGGCGAAUUGGUGCAUUAUAAUUAUAUAAGGCAGCUAGAGAGCUUGGUUGAGUUGUUGUUGACCGUCGCGAACCGGCCCAACCACGGGCCGGACAGGCAGACCCGGGCCGUGUCGUGCGAGUGCUUGAGGGAAUUGGAGAAGGCUUACCCUUGUUUGUUGUCCGAAAUCGCUGGACAUUUGUGGGGGUUGUGCCAGAGUGAAAGGACUCAUGCUUCCCAGAGCUAUGUGUUGUUGUUAACUACUGUGAUCCAUGGUAUUGUUUUGUGUAAGGCUAAUGUUUCGAUUCUUAAUACUUCAAUCCCGUUGGUUCCGUUUAAUAUACCGCAGUUUUUGAUCACGGAAAAGGGUGGUAGUGGGUUUAAUAAGGAGAUUUCUGGGUCUAGUUAUAAGGAACAAAGGAGGGCUAUGUCAUUUUUGCUAGAAUGCCCUCAACUUUUGAAUUCAUGUGGGUUGAUAGAGUUCUUGUCUUUGAUUCUUCCGGUGGCGGUGGCUCUUGAAUUGCAGGCGUCCCUUUUGAAGGUGCAGUUUGCUGGGUUGCUUUAUACCUAUGAUCCUUUACUGAGCCACUGGUUUCUAUUGAUAUAUAAGCGUUUUUUAGAUGCUUUUAAUGGGCAUGAGGGAGAAAUUGCCCGCCGCCUUAUGUUGAUUUCAAAAGAAUCCCAGCAUUAUUUGGUUUUCCGAUUGCUUGCUCUUCACUGGUUAUUGGGUUUCAUUGGGUGGUUAUCAAAUGAGAAAAAGAAAGCAGUUCUUUAUGCUGGUUUGAGGUUUUAUCCUGCUGUAUUUGAUCCCCUUGCACUGAAGUCGUUGAAGCUCGAUGUGCUUGCUUAUGGUUCAAUAUUUUUACUCGGUAACGACUCUAGAACUGGGAAUGAAGAAGGUAUAGAGAAGGGUCAGGAUGACUAUGAUGCAGGUUCAGGAUUAUCUGUGGUGAAGCUAUUUGAAGAUGGUCUGGUUUCGGUAUCAGCAUUCAAAUGGUUACCGCCAUGGAGCUCUGAAACCGCGGUGGCAUUCCGCACCUUCCACAAAUUUUUGAUAGGUGCGUCGUCUCAUUCUGACACUGACCCUUCUUCCACGGUAGUUCUAAUGGAGUCUACCAUCUUUCACACUUUACAGACAAUGUUAGUGGAGCUGACAUUAGGGUUCAAGGGAUUGGUUCCAGUUGUCGUUGCUUUCAUUGACCGCUUGUUUGGCUGUCAUAAGCAUUGCUGGUUGGGAGAGCGCCUGCUUCAGACCUUUGACGAGCUUUUGUUUCCAAAGGUCAAGAUAGAUUAUCGGUUGUCAUAUUACUUCCCAAUAUUUGAUAGAAUUGCCCAGAAUGAGACGGUUCCUCCUGGUGGACUGCUAGAGGUGCUCCUCCAGUUCAUGAUAUUCCUUGUUCAGAAUCAUGGGCCAGACACAGGAUUGAAGUCUUGGUCCAAGGGAAGUAAAGUUCUUGGCAUUUGUCGAACCCUGCUGAUGCACCACCAUAGCUCUAGAUUGUUCAUUGGACUAUCUCAUCUCCUUUCCUUCACUUGCCUUUAUUUUCCUGAUCUGGAAGUUCGUGAUGUUGCGAGGAUGUACCUGCGAAUGUUGACCUGUAUUCCAGGAAAGAAGCUCAGGUACAUUUUGAACAGUGGAGACCAACUCCCUGGGAUCGCACCAUCUCCCCAGUCGAGCUUGUACUUCAAUGUACAACCUCCACCCUCUGACAAUCAUAAAAAAUCUAGGGCAAUUUCGUCCUACAUCCACCUUGAGCGGGUGAUACCACUCCUAGUAAAACAGUCUUGGUCUUUGUCUUUAUCCACUCUAGGGAGUGGUGUUGCAAACACUGCUUAUCUAGAGGGCAUCACAGACAGUGAACCCUCCUCAGUGGAGCCAAGGGAGGUUGAUGGAAACACUAAUAACCAAAUUCACUCGGAAGUGGAAAGGGUUGACCGUCCACAUGAGCCGUUACGUGUUAUGGAUUCAAAGAUAUCUGAGAUAAUUAGAAUCUUGAGGCAGCAUUUUUCCACUAUACCUGAUUUAAGACACAUGCCAGGGCUCAAGAUUAGGAUACCUUGUAAUUUGAGGUUUAAAACAGAACCAUUCAAUCGCAUAUGGGGAGUUGAUCUGGCUGAUAAGAAUUUUGAUGGACUAGAUUCACUUCCUGCUUUAUAUGCAACUGUGCUUAAGUUUUCUUCUUCAGCACCAUAUGGAUUAAUACCAUCCAAUCACAUACCUUUCCUUCUUGGGGAGCCUCCUGAAAUAGACUAUUCCGUGAGCAAUGGGGUUUCAUUAGAUAUUGUUCCUAUAGAAGAUGGUUCCAGAAAAGAAGAAAGCUACAAGGCUCCUGUUACGCUUGAAUUGGAACCACGGGAACCUGUGCCUGGUCUUGUUGAUGUUUCCAUUGAAGCAAAUACGGAAAAUGGCCAAAUCAUCCGUGGGCAAGUGCAGAGUAUCACUGUUGGAAUUGAAGACAUGUUUCUAAGGGCUCUUGUUCCCCCAGACAUUUUAGAAGAUGCAAUGCCUGGUUAUUAUCUAGACUUGUUUAAUGCUCUCUGGGAGGCCUGCGGUUCUUCUACCUACACUGGGCAUGAGGCCUUUCUACUGAAAGGAGGCAAAAGGGCUGCAGCAAUUAGUGGGACCCGAUCAGUGAAGCUGCUUGAGGUUCCUGUCACCGCUUUGAUCUGGGCAGUUGAGCACUACUUGGCACCUUUUGUGGUCGGCGUUCUUGGUGGACCCCUCAUUGAUGUCGUGAAAAAUGGGGGUAUCAUUAAGGAUGUCAUAUGGAAGGACGUGGCUUCGGAGUCUACGUUUGGUGAUGCUAUUUCUGAUACUAAUUUUGAUCGGGGCCCACUUCGUCUGAAGUACUUAGAAGACGAGGGCGAAAGAGAGAAUCAGGUCAGCAAGAAAAACAUGGGUUGCUUUCUUAUUUUGGUAUUCCUCCCACCUAGGUACCAUUUACUUUUCCAAAUGGAGGUAUGUGAUGUUUCUACUCUAGUUCGCAUUAGAACCGAUCACUGGCCAUGCCUUGCUUACAUUGAUGAUUAUCUGGAAGCUUUGUUUUCUGAUUAGGAGAUAUAUUUGUUUAAUUCUUUUGUUUCUUCUCAACAGUUUGUUCGGUUACUGCUGAUAUGUUGUCUGGUUGUUUCUGUUUGUACCUGUUUCCCAUAGUUUUCCCCCAUGGGAAUUACAUUUUGACACUCAAGAAUUGUGUACAUACUCUGAAAGUAUUAGCACUCUUUAUCAUGUUUUCUGUUGCUGUAUCAGAACCUCCAGAAAUGUACUUUCCCAUGGCAUUUCCUUCAUAAAUUUGAAUGCUUUGUAAGGCAAAA